AUGGUGCAUGAGUCGGCCGAGCGACCCCUCCCAGAGUCGACCAUAUCGGCCAUAGAGGCCACGUUCCGGCUCUGUGAUGGUGAUGGGGACGGCCACAUCACAAAGAAGGAGGCUACGAUGCUGCUCAGAGCUUUGGGACACAUUCCUACUCAAAAGCAAUGCUCUGAGUUCCUCCAAGAGCUACCGAAUGCAAUCACUCUCGAUGAUUUCAUCGACCGUUUGAAUCAGCACUAUACCCCGGCAUUACCCUUGGACCGCCUUAUAGGAGCAUUUCAAACACUAGAGCCCUCGAGAACGGGUGUGAUGGCUGGUGAUACAUUGAAGGAGCUUAUUACUACUGUUGGUGAGAAGCUGAGCGAGGCUGAGGUUGAGGAAGUCUUUAAGGAUAUCAAGCUCGAUAAAGACGGGAAUGUCCACUAUGUUGAUUUGGUUGAGCUGUGA